GUGCAGAGCCCUUUAUGGAACAAAAUUACAUUUGCGCAUAACGUGUGCAAUUGAUGAAUUAAAAAACUCAUCCGAUUUAGGUAGAACUAAAUGAACAUGUUGUCGGACGAGGAGAAUGACGAACUGCAAGACUUGGAAGCGAUACGCGAUAAGGUUCUUAGCAACCCACAUAGCAAGCGUAUGCAAGUCAGCGCUUGGGAAGAUGAUGAUGAUGGUGUAGAAGCAGAACGUAAUGCAAGAGAACCUGAUGCAAAAGCCAUGUUAAACGCUGCCGAAGAGGGAAACCUGGAAAACAUUAAGAAUUUGUUGAAUAAAAACCGCCAUUUACUCAAUUGUACCGAUAAGGACGGCUAUACUCCGCUUCAUAGGGCAUGUUAUGGCAACAAUGUGGAAGUGGUGGAGUAUCUACUUGAAGCAGGGGCUAAAACAGACGCUAAAACUCAAGAUGAAUGGCAACCUCUACAUUCUGCAUGCUGUUGGAACAACACAGAAUGCGCUGAAGCCUUAAUCGCAAAUGGAGCAGAUGUUAAUGCAACAAGCAAAGGAGAUCAAACACCUUUACAUUUGAUUUCUGCUAGUUCAUACAACUCUCCUGCUCUCCAGCUUCUUCUCUUGCAUCCUGACACAAAUCCCUAUCUGGUUAACUCAAGUGGAGACACGGCAGAUCAAAUCGCGAGAAGGACAACCAAAAACUAUCCCAUGUUCGAAAUAAUUGAACCCUGCCUAAAUGAGAUUUAAGAAAUAUCAGCAGGAGGAAUGCAAACAUUGGAAAAAUGAGUCGUUUGUGUAAAUGCGUCUUUGUUGUUGUGUUUUAUGCUAUUCUAUAAAAAUUUAUGUAUAUAAAUUACAUUCUUGAACAAGAUAUACAAUCUAUAUGAAUACAUAUGAUCCAAUAUAAAAGUUUAUAUAAAAAUAUAAUGGGGGAUAUAUAAUUACGAGUGUAAUCGUUAUAUCGGAAGAGUCUAUCAGAAUAAUACUUCAUCGCAUUGUUCAUUUUUUCUUCAGUAUAUGUCAUAAUGAUCAUGAC